UUGAAAGUGAACACUACACGUUUUAGAUUGUUCCUGUAUUUUCAGCAGAUUGAAUUAUGCCGUGCUGGCAGCAGCCGUUUUGAAAAGUUGACUAACCUGCAUGAUGUGCUCUCAGUUGUAGCUGCAGAACAAGAAUUGAAGCAGUUUGUUCACAUGUGCUCAAGGAAACUGGAUCACGAGGUUUCCAUUACCAUUGAGAGCCAGAAACUGGAUCACGAGGUUUCCAUUACCAUUGAGAGCCAGUUAGAGAGUGGGCCCCGCUGUUGUUUCUAUAUUGUUGAUAAUGUCAACGUGAAAACCUUCCGCACCUACGCCGUUUUUGUUGUGCCUCUAGGACGAGAAGGCGAGUGGAUAUUCUCGACAGAACAGGGUCGCAGAACAUUGCGCCAACAAGCUGAUAAGGAUCGCCUGGCAGUUGUGACGUUGUCGCGAUCUCAAACUUACUCGUCAUUGAAGGAAGUCCAGGAUGAAUUGGGCCCGUUCGCUACUAGGUUCGAUCCACGGGAGAAUCUCGGCCUAGUUGGUUUCAGUUUUCAAUAA